AUGGCCAAAACAAACGCGGUUAACAACAGCGAUCCCUUCGGUAUAUUUGCUGCAAGAGGGACGUCUGCCCCCAAGAUAUUGUCCCUUCAGGCAGUCAAGUGUGAGGCUAAAGACCGUUCUGCCGAUAUAUUCAGAAACUAUCGCAGGUUGCAAAGCAUUCUUCAGCUCCAUGAGGCCGCAGUUCAGAAACGGUGGGAGAAGCGAACAAGAACCCAGCGCCUAUCCAUACUUCUGGGGUGUUGGCCGGAGAUGCCGGCGACUCACCGCCCCGACUUUGCUGCCUUCCGCAAGCACGCUGGGAAUCUGAAUGCUGUCGCUGUACAACAUCGCGGCUCUUUCAUAUGGCCAAGCAUAAAUCAGGAAGACCUGGGUGAUCCCAAGACGCUACCUUUACUGCUCGAUGCCCGAGGCAGAACGCACCCUAACGAAUCCGCCGCAGCCGAUGGAGAAGCCAUGCAUCUCAGGAAAGUGACAAUGGCUAUUGUUCCCAUUUUCCUUAAUCAAUAUGUCAUGAUCCUGAAUGGAGUGACUCAACAGGAAGAUUACGGGAGAUUGGUUGCUUGGGAUGAGCACGAAGACGCUUUCGAUUGGAUGCACACUCGCAAGCAAUUUCUUCCGGGUGAGGGGCUCCUCAUACUCGAACAUCAACAACGUGUGCUUCAGUUUCUUGUUCAGUGUUGCCAAAAGAUCCUCCACGAUAUCCCCUUAGAGCAGAUGACCAGCGACGCUUUCGCUAUCCAACCCGAACCGCAGCUCAAAAUAAGCGUCGAUGCCAGCGGUCUCUCCUCCCUGGCCGUCCUGGCCAAAGAAGCCCCAUAUCGGCCUCCUACGCUGUUGGAUCUAGACAAGAUUGAGUCGCUACUUGCUGCGAGGACUGCUCGCGCUGAGAAUCAUGUUUGGGCUUUGCGCGAGGAUCCCAGCUACUUCGCUGAGGCACUUUUGGAAAUAAAGGAGCAUCGUCAGGAGAUGAUCAAGGAUAUCCGCGGAGAUAUUCAUCCAAUUCUGAAAUGUGGACGUGGUGAUAUCUUAUGGGCUAGAGUAAUUGGCACGUAUUUCGCAGAGCUUCGCGACCAAGCUCAGCUGCUAGGCGCGCUUCAAAGAAAGUAUGACGCAGCUAUAUCCCCAGAUAGAGACCUGCCAGAGGAAUAUCUGAAUGCUCUACUCAAGUUUCGUCAUUAUCUCAAUCAGACAGCCGUCGCAGCCUCCCCACCUUUGCGAAACCUCUUCGUUCGGAAUGUUCCAGAGUAUGACACUUCGUCAAAGAUUGAGGUCAUGUCGAAACAGGGUAUCAAACUGGACAAAGUCGCGGGGCAGCUGAUUUGGCUCCUUCGGACUCUGUGGGAAGACGGAACUGACUUAUUUUUCUGUCGUCUUACCAUAGUAGUUGACGAGCUUGAUAGACUGCUGCGAUCGGAACCCAAGGCUCUAGAGCUAGUGUCCCCAUACGUCGCCAUGUUGAUUGGUGAGCUUUCUAUCGUGGGCGAGUGCUUGAGACAGCUCGAGCUGUAUCAACCGUGGGCCAAUGGAUUCGAAAACGCAUCCCAUGAAAGAGACGACGCUAUUAAGAGGCAAUUUUCUCAGCGUACUAAAGGCUGGGGCGGAGUGAUGGAGGCUUUCAGAGAUCGGAACUUAGUUGGCCUCAGUCACUUGGGAGACCCCUCCGAUGGGAAGUUUCAAUACCCGUUGGGGAAGCGCCGGAACCAAGCCAACGUCGAAGCGCUUCGGGCAGCGGAAGCCAAUCUGGAUGCAUUUUGGAAUGCGGUCGAUGUCAUUCUUAACAAGCAGCCUGGUAACUUGGAUGGCACAGCUUACAAACAAAUGUUAUCACAGCCGCGUUACCUGCAGCGCACACUAAAGUGGAUUGAGCCAGCUGCUAAGAAGGACCAGACAUUAAAUACAAAUCAGAGUUUCGAGGAUUGGUCUAGUCAACUGGCGGCCCCUCUUUCGCGUUUGAAUUUUGGACCAGAACCUCCUGUAUCCGCUCGUAAAGAGAUAUUGGCCGCUGGAGGCACAAAGGCCAAAAUCAAAAGUCAUGGAGCGCCUAGUGCUAUGUCAGCGGCCAGCGCGGAGGAGGCAGUGCUAUCUACAAUGAGCCUCGGUGAUUCUCAGCCCACAUUUGCGGUAGAUGCACGAGCUCUCAAGGUUUUCCGUAUUAUCUUCUUUGACCCGGCCGCCAACACCACUGCAGGCGAAGUUGUCUGGAAGGACUUCCUACAUGCUAUGGACUCUACAGGGUUCUCUGCUCAGAAGCUGUACGGGUCUGUUUGGCACUUCCAGCCGACGAAGCUGGAUGUCGAGAGAAGUAUUCAGUUUCAUGAACCCCACCCUCAUCCCAAGAUCCCGUUCCUGGUGGCGCGGCGGCACGGCAGAAGACUCAAUCGAGCUUAUGGUUGGUUAGGGAGCAUGUUUGUCUUGAAAGAGAAAACGACUUCGUAG